AUGGCCACUUCAGUGAGGACGUUCCCAGUUGCCCUGUGGACACCGACGCCGGCUCCCUGGCCAGAAGAAAACACCACCGUGGUGGCGGAGGCAAAGUGCGUCUUCAACGAGGAGUUCAAGUUCAUCCUGCUGCCCAUCUCCUAUGGCAUAGUCUUCGUGGUGGGGCUGCCCCUCAACUCCUGGGCCCUGUGGAUGUUCAUCUCCAGGAUGAGGCCCUGGAACGCCACCACCACCUACAUGUUCAACCUGGCUGUCUCUGACACGCUCUACGUCCUCUCCCUCCCCACCCUGGUCUACUAUUAUGCCGACCGCAACAACUGGCCCUUCGGGAAAUGGCUCUGCAAGAUCGUGCGCUUCCUCUUCUACGCUAACCUCUACAGCAGCAUCCUCUUCCUGACGUGUAUCAGUGUUCACCGCUACAUGGGCAUCUGCCACCCCAUCCGCUCCCUGAAGUGGGUGAAGACCAAGUACGCCCGCAUCAUUUGUGUGGGCGCCUGGCUUGUCGUCAUCAUCUGCCUCAUCCCCAACCUCAUCUUUGUCACCACCAGCUCCAAGGGCAACAGCACCCUGUGCCAUGACACCACCAAGCCCGAGGAGUUUGACCAUUACGUGCACUACAGCUCCUCCAUCAUGGCCCUCCUCUUUGGGGUCCCCUUCCUGGUGAUCGUCCUGUGCUACUGCUUGAUGGCCAAGAGUCUCAGCAAGUCCAGCUUCUCCAGCCCUUGCCCCCGAAUGCCCUCCUACAAGAAGCGCUCCAUCAAGAUGAUCAUCAUCGUGCUCACCGUCUUUGCCGUCUGCUUUGUGCCCUUCCACAUCACCCGGACCAUCUACUACACCUCCCGCUACUUCCAAGCCGACUGCCAGACCCUCAACAUCAUCAACUUCACCUACAAGAUCAUGCGGCCCCUGGCCAGCAUCAACAGCUGCCUCGACCCCAUCUUGUACUUCAUGGCUGGGGACAAGUACCGGGGGCGGCUACGCCGGGGGCCAGCGCAGCGGCUCCGGCCCAUGCCCAUGUGCAACCUGGCUCUGGUAUCCUCCUCCACGGACAAUGUCGCGGGUGGCAUCCAGACUGCCAGAGACACCCAAGGGACAGCACGGAGCAGAGGCGGGUGCUGA